AUGCCUACCGCCAAAGACCCUGAGCUCGCAAAGAACGACCUGGAGAUCACAUCGUCCCUCUCGUCGUCGAAACACGCCGGCGCCCCGGUCCCUCGCGAAGGCACAACCCAACACCUGCCCAACUACGAGCACGAAAAGGCACUGACAUGGAAAUUUGACCUGCGCAUCCUGCCUAUGCUUGCGAUUAUGUAUUUUUCGAAUGCAUUAGAUAAAGGCAAUAUAGGCAACGCCAAAACUGAUCAUAUGGAUAAAGAUUUGGGGUUUGUGGGCAACCAAUAUAACACUAUGUUGAGUAUCUUCUACGUUCCGUAUGUUAUAUUUGCGCCGCCGAUUGGUAUGCUGGGAAAGAAGUAUGGUCCGCAUCGUGUACUGCCGAUUAUGAUGUUUUGUUUUGGGAGUGCGACGCUGCUGGCUGCCAGUGUGAAGAACUGGGGCAGCCUUAUGGCUUUACGGUGGUUUUUAGGUAUGGCUGAAUCUGCCUUCUUCCCUCUAGUCAUUUAUUAUUUGACUACAUUUUAUCGAAGGGGCGAGCUGGCACGAAGGCUUGCCAUCUUCUACGCUGCAUCCAAUAUCGCCAAUGCUUUCAGUGGACUUCUAGCCUUUGGUGUGUUCCAAAUAGAAUCGAAGCUCGACUCGUGGCGCUACCUUUUCAUCAUUGAAGGAUCUCUGACCGUCUGCUUCUCUUUUUUCGCAUACUGGUACCUCCCAAAGAAUGCAUAUGAGGCUGGAUUCCUCAACGAAGCCGAAAAACAGCUCGCCUAUACGCGUAUUCAGAUCGACUCUUCCUCAGUUGUCGGCGAAAAAUUCAACCUGAAAAAGGCACUGGGUAUCUUCAAAGAGCCCUCCACGUACGGCUUCCUCGUCAUCGAGGUAUGCCUCGGCGUCCCGCUGCAAUCCGUCUCGCUCUUCCUUCCCCAAAUUGUGCAGCGUCUCGGAUACGACAGGAUCAAAACCAAUCUCUACACGGUCGCGCCAAACAUCAUCGGGGCCUGUGUAUUGCUGAUCCUUGCUUUUACAUCCGAUUACACCCGGCUCCGCUUCCCCUUCAUCGCACUCGGCUUUCUGCUCACGUUUAUCGGCUUCAUCAUCUUCGCAACAAUCGACGUUGAGCACUCCCUCCGCGUCGCCUACUUCGCCUGCUUCAUGAUGACUUGGGGCACUUCCGCGCCCUCGGUCCUGCUCUCAACAUGGUACAACAAUAACGUCGCGGACGAGAACAAGCGCGUAACACUAACGUCUGUUGGUGUACCCUUGGCGAACCUGAUGGGUGUCGUUAGCUCGAACAUCUUCAGACCGCAGGAUGCCCCGAAAUAUAUCCCGGCGCUGGCAACUACGGCAGCGUUUGGUGCGACGGGGUCUGUCUGCGCAUUGCUUUUGGGGACGUAUAUGGUGAUUGAUAACAAGAGGAGGAAUACCAAGCAAGGUGUGAAUCUUACUGCUCAGGACGUAUCUACGGAGAAAUUGAGAGAUGGGCCGAGGAACGGGGAGUUCAGCCACAGCCCAAGCUUGAAAUGCACCGUUGGUUUCCUCUGGAGCUCCGACGGAGCUCGACUCACCCUUGUCAUGGCGGUCAAAGCCGCAGUUCCGUUUCUGGUGGCUAUGAUGCUUUUGACAGGUGUUUGCAAUACUCUGUUGACCAAGUAUCAAGACAUGCAAUGCGUGAACAACUGCGAUGCUCCCUCGCCCAAGUACCGCGACCAUUUCGAGCAGCCCGUCCUCCAGACUCUACAAAUGUUCAUUGGCGAGAUGGGUUGCUGGCUCGUCAUCGGCCUGUUCAGUCUGUACCAACGAUAUGCGAGCCGCAGGGCAGGCUACGAAGCUAUCCCGGACAACGCGGGCAUUGCUACUCCAGCAUCAGACGAUAGCUCGACAGCCGACAUAGCAAACCCGCUAAAACCUGCGCACCCUGAUGACGAGGGCAGGAUACCCCUGGAGGGAAGGAGCAUAUUGUUACUGGCACUGCCGGCGUGCUGCGAUAUUGCCGGAACAACCCUUAUGAAUGUUGGGCUGCUGUUUGUCGCGGCCAGUAUCUACCAGAUGACUCGGGGAGCGCUUGUGCUUUUCGUGGGCCUGUUUAGCGUCUGGUUCCUCAAGCGCCAUCUCGGACUGUACAAGUGGUUUGCGCUCUUUGUCGUCGUCUUUGGUGUCGCGGUGGUUGGACUCGCGGGCGCAAUCACUAGAGAUGACAAAGCGACCCCGGGUCAUCAGUCCCUUCACGAUACGACUGUCGGCUCAGUCGGGGCAGAGAAGAAGGCUGCCUCACAGGCUGCUAUGACGAUCAUCGGAGUGCUGCUCAUUGCUGGCGCCCAGAUCUUCACUGCGACACAGUUUGUAGUCGAGGAGAGGAUCAUGGAGAAGUACGCUAUGGAGCCGAUCAAGGUUGUGGGUUGGGAGGGUCUCUUUGGCUUCCUUUUCACGCUCCUUGGCAUGAUCAUUUUGCACUUUGCUAUCGGGACUGGGUACUUCAAUGCGCGGGAGGGAUUGUAUCAAAUGACACAUUCCCGCGCCAUCGCUGUCUCCUCCCUACUGAUCAUGAUCAGCAUCGGUGGCUUCAACUUCUUCGGUCUUUCCGUAACCCGUACCGUCUCUGCAACCUCGCGCUCGACCAUCGACACGUGCCGCACACUUUUCAUCUGGAUCGUGUCGCUCGGCCUUGGUUGGGAGACGUUCAAGUGGCUGCAAGUUGCGGGUUUCGCGCUGCUAGUAUAUGGGACGUUCGUGUUCAAUGAUCUGAUUAGGCCGCCGCUGAAGUCGUGUGUGGAGAGGAAUCACGAGCCGCUGCUGCCUGAGGACCCGAUUGAGCAUCACUAG